CUCUUCUCUCUCUCCACUUCCAACCGGUAAAUUCGACCCCUCUCUUCUCUCUUUCUCUCUAUCUAUCCGACACACACGCACAUAGGCAGGUUUACAUUAUGGUGCUUCACAAGGGAUGCCCUUUUAGCUACUGCUGCUGAAAUUUUCUGGUAGUAUUACUUGGAUGGGGAAGGGUUCCAAGAGCGAGCUCUUCAAGGACAAGGCAAAGAAUCGGGUGGACGAUCUGCAGGGGGUGUUUAGCGAUCUCCAAUCAGCUAGGAAGGAGAGCCGUUCGGUUGAUGUGGCCAUGCUUGAAGAGCAAGUUAACCAGAUGCUUCGUGAGUGGAAAUCCGAGCUUGAGUCAUCCCCAGCUUCUUCUCUCCAGCAGGGGGGAAGCCUGGGUAUUUCAACGGAUAUUUACCGGCUGCUGCAGCUUUGUGAGGAGGAAGAUGAUGCUACCAGUGUGUUAGCUGCACCGAAACCGGAUCCUGAUGCACAGAAGGCUGUGGAUCAAUAUACUUCUCAAGAGAAUUUUGAUGUCCCCAAUGGCCCUGAAGAACAAGGCUUCCAGUUGGAGGAGCAAUGCAAAAAUACUGCCGUGGGAGUUAACAUGGAAAUGAAUAAUAUGAAUGUUCCUUCACAGCUAGAAUAUCAUUCAUUUGAUUUUCACCAGGAUUUCGAACAACAGUAUAUAAUAGGCUUUGAUGGCACCGGGUUCACCGGGGAGGGUGUUAUGCCUCAGAUUCCUGGGUAUCAGCCAAAUAUCAGCCCCCCACCUUCUGCUUUCUUAGGGCCAAAGUGUGCCCUUUGGGAUUGUACCAGACCAGCAUUGGGGUUAGAAUGGUGUCAUCAGUCUGAUGACUAUUGCAGUAUCUACCAUGCUGGGCUUGCACCUAGUGAAGGCUAUCCUGGUAGUCCUCCUGUUGUACGACCGAGAGGCAUUGGCUUAAAGGACAAUCUACUUUUUGCUGCUCUUGGUUCAAAGGCACAAGGAAAAGAGGUAGGUAUUCCUGAAUGUGAGGGUGCUGCUACAGCAAAAUCACCUUGGAAUGCACCUGAGCUCUUUGAUCUCACUGUCCUGGAUGGCGAAACAAUCAGGGAGUGGCUGUUUUUUGAUAAGCCACGCAGAGCCUUUGAGAGUGGUAACAGGAAGCAACGGUCACUUCCAGAUUACAAUGGGAGGGGUUGGCAUGAGUCCCGGAAACAAGUGAUCAAUGAAUUUGGAGGGUUGAAGAGAUCGUACUACAUGGAUCCUCAGCCGAUGGAGAAUUUUGAGUGGCACCUUUAUGAAUAUGAGAUCAACAAGUAUAACGCGUUUGCGUUAUACAGACUGGAAGUCAAGCGUGCUGAUGCCAAGAAGAGUCCGAAAGGGAAGGUGGGCAAUGAUUCUCUUGCUGAUCUGCAAAAGCAGAUGGGCAGGCUGAGUGCUGAGGUCCCAAAUGAGAAGCAACGUGUUGUCAAAGGAAGGGGGAAGGGCACUGCAAAGGAGGGAAGUGGAAGAAUUCACUCUGGUUCGAACUCGUUGGCGGCUACACCAGGUGUAGGGAUUGAUUAUCUUGUGGAAGAUAUCAAUGGGUACUACAUACAUGAUGAUGGUUCUGGGAAAAAAGAAUAGGCUUUAUAUCCAAAGUAUAUAUAAUUGCCCUUUGAUUUCACUCUGGCCUCCACUCUCCAGGCAAAGUGGUGAAGUUGUUUUCACCUUUUUUCCUUUUCUUUUUUUCCUGAAUGGUCAAGUUAUGUUGAUAGGGAUUACUGAUGACACAUACAAAUGAGUUGGUUCAUUUUGUC